AUGGCUCAGUUCACACAUGGCAUUUCAGCGCUGGACGUGACGCCGGCGUCGGCGCUCUCUGCGCCCGUGUGGCUGUUGGGUCGCCGCUUCCAGGACGUAGCAGCGACGGACUUUGAGGCGUACAAGCGCGCGUUUGAAUCGAUCUUGUGGUUCACCUACCGUCGGGAUUUUGUACCCAUGACGCCGUACGAGUUUUCAAGCGACGCAGGGUGGGGGUGUAUGCUGCGCUCAGCGCAGAUGUUGCUGGGUCAGGCGCUCCAGCGUCAGUUGAAUGGACGACUGUCGCUUCGGACGGCAGUUGAACUGGAGAGUGGGGGGACCUUGUCGGAGAUAGAUGUGAAGCUGUUGAUGUGGUUUGCUGAUGCUCCGGAUAGUGCGUGUCGGUACUCGAUCCAUCACAUGGUGCAGAUGGGGAUGCACUAUGACAAGCUCCCGGGGGAGUGGUAUGGACCGACUACUGCUGCUCAAGUGCUGCGGGAUCUGGUAAAUCAGUACCGACGGGAUUGUGGCGAGACACUCGCCAUGUACGUGCCACAAGAAGGUGUCGUGUACCGGGAUGAUGUGACGCAACUUUGUGUGUCGCAUUUGGAAAAGGAAGCGGUGGAGAUGAAGGAGAUGGAAAUGCAGGACGGGCCGGCGUUUUUUGACCCGUUGCUGCAUCCACCGGCGGUGGAUGAGUGUCGAGAGUGGAGCACGGCGUUGCUCAUUCUAAUUCCGCUGCGACUGGGUUUGGACCAUGUGAAUGAAAGCUACGUGCCAGCGUUGCAAAAGACAUUUACGUUUCCACAAAGUGUGGGGAUUAUUGGAGGCAAAAAAGGACACUCUGUCUACUUUGUUGGCACGCAGCAGGACCAACUGCAUCUGCUGGACCCUCAUGACGUGCAUCCUGCACCGGAAUUAAACGUUGCAUUCCCUACUGCGACUCAUUUGCGCACGGUCCACUCCUCACGCCCGCUGGUCAUGGAUGUGAAUUCGAUCGAUCCGUCGUUGGCACUUGGGUUCUUGUGCGAGAACCGCGCUGAUUAUGAAGACUUUGAGCGGCGUGUACGCACUCUUCACGAUGAAGUUAAGGCAAAUGGUGGUAUGUGUCCGUUUUCAGUUGCCAAUUGUAGACCUGAUUACACGGGAAGUGGUGGUGAUCUCUUGAUACCGGAUUGUCUUUCUGGUGACGACAUGAACGAAGACGAGCUUGCGAGUGCCAAUGGCGUCGUCUCAGGAGAAGACGAUGAUGAUGAAUACGUGCUUUUAUAA